AUGAACUCACCUCCCCGUAACAUUCCUGCUGCAUUGCAUUACCCCGACGACAUCGCUGAGUAUGUGCCGGUACCAAGGCUGACAAGAAACCCCCAAGUAGGUGCCAACGAACUUGUUCGUCAUACGGAACACCAGUACAAGGAUGAAUUGGCGUUCUGCGAGGCCAAGAUUGAAGAGAUGAUCCAGUCUGGUUUGGACUUGCGCUAUGAGGCCUAUCGGAAACUGUUCAAGAUCAACAAGGAAUGGCGCCGAACUGGAUACCCACCCUUGCCUGCCUAUGUCUAUGCCGAUGACAUUUUUGGCAUCCUUUGGGUUCGAUACAAGUUGGAGGAUGGCAGUCGCUCCAUGCUUCCAUUCGAAAACCACUUCAUCGACAUGUACAUCUUUGAGAAUCUGUUCAAGUUGAAGCUGAUGCUACCGGACCCAUGGACAGAACCCUGUUCAACCACUCUCUUUUGCCAGAUCUGGGGGUACGACGAAGAUGCAUACAUCCAGCGUUACCACCGUUGGUUGGGUGAGAUUGACUUGCUGACAGAGCAAGUUGAUGCGCCCAGCGAUGACGAAGAUGAAGUCAACAUGGGAGGCAUUAAUCUUGGCAAGAUUGAGGCGCUGUUGGACAAGGAAGACACAGUGGACGAUGAUCUUUCCGGUGUCCUUCCCGAAAACCUUUUCAGGCCUGGCGAUGUCUAUGACACUGACCAAACCAACCACACUGCCGAUGACGAAGAUGACCUUGUGGGCCUCGAGCCCGAAGAUUUCCCCCUAGAGGCCUCUGAUGAAUCCAACGAGGAAACCAACCAAGGAUUCAGUGAAGAAGCCAGUGAAGAAGCCAGUGGGAAAGCCAGUGAAGGAGCUAGUGAAGGAGCCAGUGAAGGAGCCAGUGAAGGAGCCAGUGAAGGAGUCGCCAUUGGAACCAGCGGUAGUGACUCCAGUCCGUCCAGCGGUAGUGGCACGUCGAGUCCGUCUCAAGAGGCCAUUGAUGAGAUCUUGCUGCGUCCAAUUUCUUGGGGAAGCUUUUCCCAGGUGGCAGCUGACUCUGAUAGCAAAGACGAAAGCAAAGAGGAAGAAGUCCAAGAGGAAGAGGUCCACGAGGAGGAAGAAGACGACGCAAGGUUGGUUGCCAAGAAGAGAAGCACUUCGAACUCUGACACUGAGACAAAUGAUUCCACUGACGAUGAGAGUCCCACCAAGAAACAGAAAAGCAGCGAUGGUGACACUGGCGAGGAAGAAGGAGCGACAAUCAAUGGCGAAAAUAACAGCGAUGGUGAGGAUGGAGAUAUUGGCGAGGAUGGAGAUAAUGAAGGCACCGAUGUGCCUUCUGGCAUUGAGAUUCUGUGCACUGGUAGCUUUUCUUAUUGA